AUGGCGCCGAGGUGGCCCUGGCCGCGGCGGCGGCGCCUCCUGGACGUGCUCGCCCCCCUGGUGGUGCUGCUCGGGGCCCGCGCGGCGCCGGCCGAGUCAGAUGACGCGCCUGCGGAGCUGGGGCUGCAGCAGCUGCUGGGGGUGCCCCCGCCACCGCAGGUCAGGCCGGUGGACGACCCCGAUGUGGGCCCGGCCUUCGCCUUCGGGCCGGCCGCGGGGGGCGGCCAGGCGGCGAUCAAGCACUUCCCCAGCGGCACCUUCUUCCGCGACUUCGCGCUGCUGCUGCUGGUGCGGCCGGCCUCGGAGGCCGCGGGCGUGCUGUUCGCAGUGACCGACGCGGCGCAGGAGCGCGUGGCCGUGGGCGCCAAGCUGGGCCCGGUGCAGGCCGGCCAGCAGGACCUGCAGCUGCUCUACAGCGAGCCCGGUGCCGCCGGCACCCGCGUGGCCGCCGCCUUCCGCCUGCCCGCGCUCGGUGGCCGCUGGACGCGCCUGGCCCUCAGCGUGGACGGCGCCUCUGCUGUGCUUUUCCGGAACUGCCGUGAGGUGGGGCGCCAGGCGCUGGAGCGCGCCCCUGGGCCGCUGCCGCUCGAGCCGGGCGCCGGCCUCUUCGUGGGGCAGGCGGGAGCCGCCGACCCCGACAAGUUCCAGGGGGUGAUUGCAGAUCUGCGGGUGCGCGAGGACCCCCACGUGAGCCCCCUGCUGUGCAGGGAGGAGGACGGUGAUGACGAGGAGGACGGGGCGUCGGGAGACUCGGGGAGUGGACAGGAGGACCUGCCCACGGGGACGGGGGAGCCCCCGAAGCCCCUCCUCCCCGAGGCGCCCCCAGUCACGUCUCCACCCUUGGCUGGAGGCCACAACACAGAAGACUCCAGAACUGAAGAAAUCGGGGAAGAAACGACGGUGUCUCCACUGGGAGCUCAGACCCUCUCUGGCUUGGAAGUGACCGCCUCGUGGGACGGAAGCGCCUGGAAUGCUGGGGGUUUCGUGGAAGAGGCGCCAGGCAUCCAGGGCCUGCCUGGCCCAGCCGGUCCCCAGAGCCCCGCAGGCCCAGCUGUGCCGAGCCCCGAUACUCAGCCAAUCCCCGGGCCACAGGGCCCUCCAGGCCCCCCAGGGCCGCCCGGGAAGGACGGCCCCCCAGGGAGGGACGGCGCGCGGGGCGAUCCUGGUGCAGACGGAAGGCCUGGUGACGCUGGGCCGCAGGGCUUCCCAGGAUUCCCGGGAGACGUGGGCCCCAAGGGCGCGAAGGGGGACCCUGGGCUGGGGCCACGAGGACCCCCAGGACCCCAAGGACCUCCAGGGCCACCAGGACCCCCCUUCAGGCCUGACAAGCUGACCUUCAUCGACAUGGAGGGGUCUGGGUUCAGUGGCGACCAGGAGAGCUUCCGCGGCCCGAGAGGCUUCCCCGGCCCCCCCGGCCCCCCGGGCGUCCCGGGCCUGCCUGGAGAGCCAGGCCGCUUUGGCAUGAACAGCACGGUCAUCCCGGGCCCGGCAGGCCUCCCUGGCGUGCCUGGGCGGGACGGGACCCCCGGGCUUCCUGGUCCCCAGGGUCCCCCGGGGCCUCCAGGAAAACACGGACGGCCAGGAGCCACUGGCCAGAAAGGCAGCCUCGGCGAAGCCGGAGCCCCAGGACCCAAGGGAAGCAGGGGCGACCCUGGCCCCAUGGGCACUCCCGGGGAGGCUGGCUUGGCAGGACCCGCUGGACCACCAGGGCCCCCCGGGCCCCCGGGGCCCCCCGGACCAGGACUCGCCGCGGGAUUUGAUGACAUGGAAGGUUCCGGGGCGCCCUUCUGGUCGACACCCCGCGGCGCGGGUGGCCCACAGGGACUGCCCGGCCCCCCGGGAAUCAAGGGGGACGCCGGAGACGCCGGGCCGCCGGGCACCAAGGGAGACAUCGGGCCCCAGGGGGCUCCCGGGUUCCCAGGACUUCCUGGCGCAGAGGGAGCAGCCGGAGCCCGGGGCCCCAGAGGAGACAAAGGGAGCCGGGGCGAGAAGGGUGACCCCGGGAAGGAUGGAGUGGGGCGGCCAGGCCCCCCGGGGCCGCCGGGGCCGCCCGGACCCGUGGUCUACGUGUCGGAGCAGGACCGCCCACAGAGGGCAGUGGUUGCUGCGCCGGGGCCUGAGGGCAGGGCUGGCUUCGCCGGCUUCCCCGGACCAGCUGGGCCAAAGGGCGACCUGGGCUCCAAAGGCCAGCAGGGCCUCCCCGGCCCCAAGGGUGAGAAGGGCGAGCCGGGCACCGUCUUUGGCCCUGAAGGCAGGGCACUGGCCCCCGCCCAGAAAGGAGCCAAGGGAGAGCCGGGCUUCCGAGGACCCCCGGGUCCCUACGGACGGCCGGGGCACAAGGGGGAGAUCGGCUUCCCUGGACGGCCGGGCCGCCCCGGGGUGAACGGACCGAAGGGGGAGAAGGGGGAGCCCGGGGACGCCAGCCUCGGCUACGCGCUGCCGGGUCCGCCCGGCCCCCCAGGGCCCCCCGGGCUCCCAGGACCUCCCGGCACACCCGUCUACGACAGCAACGCAUUCGUGGAGUCGGGCCGCCCCGGGCCUCCGGGAUCGCCAGGCUACCCGGGGCCGUCUGGACUUAAGGGCGACAAAGGAGAAGUGGGCCCCCCCGGGCCUCCAGGGCAGUUCCCUCUGGACUUCCUUCACCUUGAGGCUGAGAUGAAGGGGGAAAAGGGCGACCGAGGGGACCCCGGGCAGAAAGGGGAAAGGGGCGAGCCCGGCCCCGGAGGAUUCUUCGGCUCCAGUGUGCCCGGCCCCCCUGGCCCCCCAGGCUACCCCGGGAUUCCGGGCCCGAAGGGAGAGAGCGUCCGGGGCCAGCCCGGCCCACCUGGACCGCAGGGACCCCCCGGCAUCGGCUAUGAAGGGCGCCAGGGGCCUCCUGGGCCCCCCGGCCCUCCCGGCCCCCCGGGGCCCCCUUCGUUUCCCGGCCCUUACAGGCAGACUGUCAGCGUCCCCGGUCCUCCAGGCCCCCCGGGGCCCCCAGGCCCCCCAGGAAACCUGGGCACCUCCUCAGGGGUGAGGAUCUGGCCCACGUACCAGGCCAUGCUGGACAAGGUGCCCGAGGUGCCGGAGGGCUGGCUGCUGUUCGUGGCCGAGCGCGAGGAGCUGUACGUGCGCGUCCGGAACGGGUUCCGGAAGGUCCUGCUGGAGGCCCGGACGCCACUCCCCCGCGGCACGGACAACGAAGUGGCGGCCUUGCAGCCCCCGCUGGUGCAGAUGCACGAGGGCAACCCCCACCCCAGGCGGGAGCUCUCCCACUCCACUGCACGGCCCUGGCGCGCAGACGACUUCCUGGCCAGCCCCCCGCGGCUGCCUGACCGCCAGCUGUACCCUGGAGUCCCGCACCACGGCUCCUACGUGCACCUGAGGCCAGCCCGCCCCACCCGCUCGCCCGCCCACACCCACCACGACUUCCAGCCGGCGCUGCACCUGGUCGCGCUCAACAGCCCGCAGUCGGGCGGCCUGCGCGGCAUCCGCGGCGCAGACUUCCAGUGCUUCCAGCAGGCGCGCGCCGUGGGGCUGACGGGCACCUUCCGCGCCUUCCUGUCCUCGCGCCUGCAGGACCUCUACAGCAUCGUGCGGCGCGCGGACCGCGGGGCGCUGCCCAUCGUCAACCUCCAGGACGAGGCGCUGUUCCCCAGCUGGGAGGCCCUGUUCUCGGGCUCCGAGGGCCAGCUGAAGCCCGGGGCGCGCAUCCUCUCUUUCGACGGCAGAGACGUCCUGCAGCACCCCGCCUGGCCCCAGAAGAGCGUCUGGCAUGGCUCGGACCCCAGCGGGCGGCGGCUGACCGACAGCUACUGCGAGGCCUGGCGGACAGAGGGGGCGGGGGCCGCAGGCCAGGCGGCGUCGCUGCUGACAGGCAGGCUGCUGGGGCAGGAGCCCGUGAGCUGCCACAGCGCACUCAUCGUGCUCUGCAUCGAGAACAGCUUCAUGACCGCGGCCGCCCAGUAGGCCCCGCAGGACGGCCACCCCACCCACGGCCGCGGAGCAGGAGCCCCGCAGGGCAGGGACUGUGGGGCCCGCGCCCCCAGGCAGGGACUGGCUGGGACACUUGACCCUAUAGUUCACAUUUCAUGUAAUCCUCAAGAAAUACAAAAAGCCAAAGAGUAUUUUUUAAAAAGUUUAAAACAUCCUGGUGCUGAGACUCUCCUGCCCCAUCCCAGCUCCCUCCACGCAGGCCGCCCAGCACCCCUUGUGCGGAGGAAACUAGAGCUGUGCGUGCGGGCAG